UUGGUGUGUGUGUAAGUGUGCUUUGGAUUUUACUGAAUAAGGAGUCUCAGGGAUUCACUCACUUGGACUUCACUAAAUCAGCUUCCAUCUGCCAGCAAUGCUAGUCUGCGAUUUGGGAAGCUGGAGCUCAACCUAGGAUUUUGUCUGAUAUUAUCUCCUUUUGAAAAACGAUGUGUGGCAUAGAAAGAGGGUCUAAGUGCCUGUCUGAAAUUAUUGUGAACCAGAGAUAAAUGUUACUUCUCAAAGGUACUGCUGCGUGAUUUACCAUGGAAAAAUUGCUCUGCAGCAUCCUGGUGUUUGGAAUGGCAGUUGCGGUCAAUGCUUGUCCCAAAUACUGUGUGUGUCAGAACCUCUCAGAGUCGCUGGGGACUCUGUGUCCCUCCAAGGGCCUCCUUUUUGUACCAUUAGACAUAGACCGAAGGACUGUUGAACUCCGACUCGGGGGUAACUUCAUUAUUAACAUCAGCCGACAGGACUUUGCCAACAUGUCUGGCCUUGUUGACCUCACUUUGUCCAGGAAUACGAUCACUUACAUUCAGCCCUACUCCUUCGCUGAUCUAGAAAGCCUUCGGUCUUUGCAUUUGGACAGCAAUAGGCUACCCAACAUUGGAGAGGAUAUUUUGAGAGGCUUAAUUAACCUUCAGCACUUGAUAAUAAAUAACAACCAGCUGAGCAGCAUCUCAGAUGAAGCCUUUGAGGAUUUUCUGGUGACGUUGGAAGACUUGGAUCUUUCCUACAAUAACCUCCAAGGCAUUCCCUGGGAAUCUAUAAGGAAGAUGGUAAACCUGCACCAGAUUAGCUUGGAUCAUAACCUGAUAGAUUAUAUUACAGAGGGGACGUUUGCAGAUCUUCAGAAAUUGGCCAGACUGGAUCUAACCUCUAACAGACUUCAAAAGCUCCCCCCAGAUCCCAUAUUUGCCAGGUCCCAAAUAUCUCCAUUAGAAGCAACUCCAUUUUCUCCACCUCUGUCUCUUAGCUUUGGAGGCAACCCGCUGCAUUGUAACUGUGAGCUGCUGUGGUUAAGGCGGCUUGAAAGAGAUGAUGAUAUGGAAACUUGUGCUUCCCCGCCAAAUCUAAAGGGAAGAUACUUUUGGUAUGUACGGGAAGAGGAAUUUGUUUGUGAGCCACCUCUCAUAACCCAGCAUACUCACAAGUUGCUGGUUUUAGAAGGGCAAACUGCCACAUUAAAAUGUAAAGCCAUCGGGGACCCAUCCCCAGUCAUUCACUGGGUGGCUCCAGAUGACCGACUCAUUGGGAAUUCUUCGAGGACAGCAGUCUACGAUAAUGGUACUUUAGAUAUCGUUAUCACGACAUCCAAGGAUUAUGGAACUUUUACGUGCAUCGCAGCCAAUGCUGCUGGAGAAUCGACUGCGACCAUUGAGCUCUCGAUCGUGCAGCUUCCACACCUCAGCAACGGUACAGGCCGAGCUGCCCCACCCAAAUCCAGGCUUUCUGACAUCACGAGCUCCAGCAAGCCCAAUCGAGGGGAGACGAAAGGUCCACCAGAAAGGACUGUCUUGGUGUCAGAGGUGACAACUACCUCAGCUUUGGUCAAGUGGACAGUGAGCAAGUCAGCCCCCAGGGUUAAAAUGUAUCAGCUGCAAUAUAACUGCUCAGAUGAUGAAGUUCUAAUUUACAGGAUGAUCCCUGCUACAAACAAAGCCUUUGUGGUGAACAACCUUGUAUCAGGAAUGGGCUAUGACCUUUGUGUGUUGGCCAUGUGGGAUGACACUGCCACGACACUCACAGCCACCAACGUCGUAGGGUGUGCCCAGUUCUUCACCAAAGAGGACUAUCCUCAGUGCCAAUCCAUGCACAGCCACUUCCUGGGUGGGACGAUGAUCUUAGUCAUUGGAGGCAUCAUUGUGGCGACUCUACUGGUGUUCAUCGUCAUACUCAUGGUCCGGUAUAAAGUUUGUAACAAUUCCCAGGGGAAGAUGGCCAAUGUCAGCAAUGUCUACUCACAGACUAAUGGAGCUCAACCUGUUCAAAACGGGGUCCUGCCCCAAGUCAACCCCAAAGUGGUGGUAAGAAAUGAACUCAUGGAAUUUAACAGUGAAUCUGUACAGAGCAGCAUCUCCUCCUCUUCUAGUUCAGUGAAUAGCCGCGACUGUGAUGAUUAUAGUCUCCAAAGUGAACAAGGCACAUUGUCCAGUAAGUGGAGGCCUCCUUCUAGGUCAAAACAUAACAUUGAUCGACUAAUGGGAGCUUUUGCCUCCCUGGAACUGAAAUGUCAGAAAAAGGAGGACACGGUAGACUCCAGAACUUCCACAGUGGCCUGCCACUCAGACAAAGAGCCCCUUCUGGGCCAACAGGAGUCAAAAUUCCGUGGUCUCCUCAUGUUACCACUGGAGGGGAAAACUAAACGUAGCCAUUCUUUUGACAUGGGGGACUUUGCCACAUCUCAGUGUUGCACCUACCCAAAAAAGAUAACAAACAUUUGGACAAAGCGUAGCCUCUCGGUGAACGGCAUGCUCUUGCAGUAUGAUGACAAUGACUUAGCAGGGGCGAAAGGGACGUAUGGGAGUUCAGAAUGGGUAAUGGAAAGCACAGUGUAAAUAACAACUUCUCCCUCCUCACUGCUCCCUAAUUACAUCAAAUGUAAUAAAAUUUGGUUUUGUUGAAAAGUCACGGAAAUGAAAAGGGGGGGAGGGAACAUGCUCAACCAUGCUGGAGAAAA